UAGGACUUCUCCAUGCUGUGUCCUAGAAACGUCUCUGCUGGGUUUAAUCUAAACAUCCACCUGCUAAAUUUCAUCGGGUUUUUGUAGUGCAACCUUCUUUGAACGAACUGUGACUGUUAUCAUUCUGUCUCUUCUGAUGUGCGACAGGAAGCCAGAGAGACUGGAUCUGGGGACAGACAGCCCAAUCCUGCGCCGCUUCUAGCAAGGGAAAUCCCCCCACGCGUUGCGCGCCUGGAUCGCCAGUAGAAAUUCGCGUCACGGAGUGCGUGUGCAUGUGCGUCAGGCUCUACAUGUGUGUGUUCGUGCACGGCAAAGCCCCGGGCUCAGUCCUCAACAGUUGCUACCGGAGCGACGGAGAGGAGAGGUGGAGAGCGAGAGAGAUAACAGACUGAGGACAGACGGACGCGGAGCCCCACGCCGCUCUGCCCGGCUCUGCUCCUGACAUGCAGUCGUUCAUAUCUCCGGUGACCAAGGCCAUUCUAGUAGCGCUCUUCAUCUUCGCCAUACUCCUCAUCCUCUAUGUGAUCCUUUGGUACAUUUGCAGAGACGUGGACUGCGACCACGGCAUUUGAGGAUUCAACGGGAAUAACAGGAAUUUCACAAUGGGGCGCAGAGCGGAGCCCGCAGAGCCCAGGGUCAUCCUGUACGACAAGGAGGGAAGCGAGGAUGGACGACCUCAUAUUGGAACGUAUCCCAUAGACGGAACUGCACCUUUUACCCGGAGCUGCUGCUGCUCCUCUGCACUGCUCAGUCCGUGACAGAACGGCAGAGAUGUUAUCAGCUAUCCGGUCUUAUCUUCUACCAAUUAUCAAACUUUACCUGCUUGGUUUGAAGGUUCUGUUGGUUCAGCUGUUCAGCAGAUCUUUCAGGUUGCCAGUGAUGCCCAGACAAGAUGGCAAGGUUGCCAUAGUGACAGGAGGAGGGAGGGGAAUCGGCUAUGAGGUAGUCCGCCACAUGGCCAGACUGGGGGCACAUGUUAUCAUAGGUGGAAGGGAUGAGCAGGAGGGUCUGGCAGCCGUCAGAAGGAUCUGUGAAGAGUACAAAGAGGCCAAAGUGGAGUUCACCAAACUGGACCUAGCCUCUUUGCAGUCUGUCCGUCAAUUUGUCCAGAGCUUUAAGGAGAGGGACCUGCCGCUAAACAUUCUGGUCAAUAAUGCGGGUGUCAUGCUGAUUCCUGAGGGCCGUACUGAGGAUGGAUUUGAGCAGCACUUUGGUGUGAACUACCUAGGCCACUUCCUGUUGACCUGGCUGCUCCUGGACACACUGAAGGAUUCUGGGAAAUGUGGUUACUUCUCACGUGUGGUCAAUGUCUCCUCCUCUGCCCACCGCAUCGGCGAAAUCAGACUAAAUGAUUUAAAUAGCUGCCAGUGUUAUUCAGCCCAUGCUGCUUAUUGUCAGAGUAAGCUGGCCCAGCUGUUAUUCAGUUCCCACCUCCACCAGGAUGUGCAGCGUGGAGGUUUCCCACUGAGUUCAUGUGCUGUGGAUCCUGGCAUGGUGGAUACUGCUCUCUAUCGCCACCUCUGGACGCCCCUCUGUCUGGCACAGAGUGCCAUCGCCCGCCUGCUUUUCAGGACUCCUGCAGAGGGCGCUGUCACUGUGUUGUACGUCGCUCUGUCACCAGCCUUGGAGGGGGAGUGUGGAGGAGGCUACUGGGCCAAUGGGCGCAGGGAGAUGACAACACCAGCGACCUUUAACCCCCAGCUGCAGCUAAGCCUAUGGGAAACCAGCAUCCAGUUGCUGGGCCUGCAGUAGCCUGCGACGAAAGGACAACUAAUUGGACUAAACCUCGAAGAAAACAUUAGACAAAGACCCUUAACUCUGGCCAACCUGCCACCCUCUCCUUUUCUCAUUAUUAUUUCUCCAUCCGUACCUCACGUCAAGGUGUUUGUAGCGAUUUAUUUUGACAGUCUCACAAUCCACAACUGGACUGUGAUUGGUUACUAGGGGAGUGAAGCCCUCCUUUUUGUUUCAGACCUGCCAAAGAAGGGCUACAGGGGAUGGAAGAUGUUUUUUUUGGGGUGUUUUUGCAAUGACCAUGCAAUCAUAUACAAACGCACGCUAGGGUUAUAUCGAUAUAUGAUUUUGCUGUCAUAGAUACUGGGCAGCUGCUGACGUUGGCCUUUAGUUAUAAACAGAUAUCAGUUGUCAUCCAAGUUUAUUCCCUGAUCAUAACUAACCUGAUGUCUGGCCAGAGAAAUCGUUCCAUAGUUUCAUAUUCAAAAACCUGCGAUGACACCUGCCUCACUCUGCCUUAAUGUCAUUAAUCUGGCUUUCAGUGAAGAUAUUAAUUGUCUCUCAGUGAUGAACUUAAUUCUGUUUCAGAGCCUUUUCCAUCCUAAAAAUAAAAAUGUCAGCAACCAUUAAGAUGCGUCUUGGGCAUAAUAAUACUUUAAAAGCUGAAUUUUGGCGUAGUAUACUGGCUUCAAAAUCACGUGUCAGUCAGUGGGUUUGGGAAAACAUUAAAAAAGGAAGAGAUCCCAUGUAAAAGUAGGCCUAAAUUUAGAAUAACUCCCCCUAAAUAUGCGAAAGUGAUGAGACAUUUGGUUUUGUUCUGCGGAAUUGUCUUGCUGUUGACAUUUUCUGAAGCCAGGGUUUCCAGACAUUUCUGUUUGCUUUUGUCUGCUCAGAAACAAAUAAGGAACGAUGGGGAACCAACCACCACUUCAAUCUAUCCCCAUUUUCCUGUGUGAUCUGUGUUAAUCGGUUUUACUGUGUCUGUGAUACGUGUGUGUGUGUGUGUGUGUGUGUGUGUGUUUUAUGCACACAAGUUAAGAAUUGACUCAUGCUCUAGACCCAAUUCAUGUUGAUGGAUAGCUAAACAAUGGCCAUUUCUGGCAGAACAGCGACAGGAAGAAGAGAGAGAGAGGGAAAGCACUUUUUUCCCCCCCAGUAUUCAAGCUGUGAUUGGUUCCUCAUUGCUGCUGCUGCCGCUUCCUCAUUUGGCGCCGCUCCCAGUGCAUUGUGGGAUUGAGAUUUCCCAGUGGUGAGAAUCAAACUCAAUCUGCUAAGGCUGACACCACACACACACACUCAGAAACAUUGGAACCUGUACAUCCAGGCACAGGCUUAGCUAAACAAGCACACAGCAAACAAACACGUCUGUUACUCAUGCAGGAAAAUACUCACAUACUUACACACACACACACACACACACACACACACACAUACACACUGCGCCAUAAUGCCAUCUCCACUGUGAUAAACCAUUUUAGCUGUGAUGAUAAAAAGUUUUAUCUUAAAUUAACAAGUUUUUGGCUAAAACUCCUGCCCCACAUGCCAUCCCAUUGCUGUAUGUGUACAUUGAUGCUCUGAAUACUGCCACUAAGCAUCCAGCAUGCAUUAAUAUCUGCUGUACGUGAAGCAAUAGAAUCACUGUGGUAGCUAAUUCAGCCAGUCGCACAGAGCCAGACAUUCAGAAUAGGAAAAGAGCCCAAGAGUGUGAAAGUGUAUGAAUGAAAAAGAUACUAGCUUCCAGUUGCCCAUAAUAUCAGGAAUUCAAAAUUUCUCUGUUUAAAUGUAUACAAGCGUUUAUGAAGACGUUAAUGUGCAUUGUUUAGUGUGGUUAAACUUAAAGUUGUAUUGUUUUUCAAGCACUUUAAAGAUGUGUCCCAAUUCAGGGGCUGAAUCCUGUGAAGGAUGCGGCCCACUAAAGGUCAGGCUGAAAUUCUCCUCCCCGUUAUAUGAGACGCCAGUCUAGACUCAUAAAGAUAAAAACUAAUGGUGUGUUCAGGCGCUCCUUGUCAACUCAAUUAUAGGAUCUUGCCAUCAGUAGAUAAAGCCAAUAAAGUCUGCAGUACGAGUUGUGAUUUUUAACGUGAACACACAAUGAACACCAGGUAAAUAGUAGACCAGGUUAAUGGUAAAUACAUCUACGCUACUUCCAUUUAUUUGUAAUGCCCUGUGAUUAACAUGUCCAUGCUGCAAAUAGUGGAGUUCAUGCCUGGCUUCCAUUAUUUACAACCCAUUGUCGGUCAACUCCAUGUGAUAUGAUUACCAGUGAUAGAUCACAAGUACCUGGUGAUGAAUAUGACAUGAUCACAUGAAUUUAUGAGUUGACAAAGAUCGCCUGAAUGCUCCAUUGAGCAAUCAAUCAGCACAUAGGCUUGUUGAAUCUUGAGAUUUGUCUUCCAAAAUGUUGGGUAAAAAAAAACUAAAUUUUUUUUUGGCCUUUCAUGGAGGAGCCUUUGGAAUUGGACAGACCUUGUUGGCUCAUUAUGAUGAAAUACAGAGUUUGGAGGGUCCAUCUUUAGACAAAUGCUGUGUUCAUGUCAUAUGGGAGGGAUGGAUGGAGAAGAUUCCCAUGUUUAUGACUUGUGAGCGUUGACAUCACCUAACAACUCAAGAUGGUUUGCCCUAUGUGUGUUUCAAAUACUGUUAAAUGACAAUAUAACACUAUAUAUCCAUUAUAUUUGGGUUUAAUUAACCCUUGAAUGAUAGACUUUGGCGAAAAUGUAUCAAAGCGUAGAGAAAGAUCAGAGUUACAGAGUCAUAAUUACAGAAUUAUUUGGAUGUGGAAAGUAGGAACCUGAUAAUUACGAUAACUCCAACAUGACAUGAACAUGACAUGAGGGCAAAACACGUCACAGCUUAACUUUAUCCUGAUUGGCUCUCAUUACAGAAUUACUUGAAUCUGUCCAAUUUACUGUAGGCCAGUAUUCAGUAAUUGCACUUGAAAACCUCGACCAGCAGCUUUACCUUAUUUGAAUGAGAGUACUGUAGCUGAUUUCACUGAGCCAAUCAGGGUUCUGUGUGUUGAGGAUUUUGAUUUAAUUAAACAAAUUCAAUUCAGCUUUAAUUUCUUUAGAGAAAUAUCACAAUCCAGGAGCUUGGUGUGUUUGAAAAGGAUGUUUGGAAUUCUAAUUUAAAGCAAACAUCUCUUAAGUUUGAUGGCUCUUUCUAGUGUAGUAGUUGUGUGGAAAUUGACUCUAAAUGCCAGCAAUACUCCUCAGUUGUUGAGUAUCUAAACAGUUCAUCGCCUCAGUGCUUCCUUGUUUGACUGUGUGAUUCCCCGAGGCAACUGUAAGGUACUGACUAAAUAACUGAAUAACAAACAACAAAACCUAGGCCUAGUUAAACAAAUGCGCUCGCUUCCCUUCACACAAAUGAAAACACCAGCUUACUACUCAGCAGCCCUCAUUUAAAAUGUACAAGGCUCCAUCCUGUCAAAGAGCUACUGUUUUUCACAGUCCAGCUGCUACAUGUAUUACAAUCUGAGAGAAAGAGAGGGAGAACAUCACUGACUGUCUUUCCUAUCUGAGCACAAGGUUUCCCAAGGACAAAGUGAGGAGGAGUGUGAGGAUCUGCCUUGGUGUUCUUGUUGUGUCAGCACGCAGAAGAGGGGUAAAAGUAUCAAUAAUAACCUUGUUAUAUAUUUACCGUACUCCUUAAGCGACAAGGACGACACAGUGAACUUUCCGAACUUGAAUUGCGAAUAUAGAAAAAGAGCUAAAGAACGGCUCAAGUAACUGUCUAUGAUAUUGUCUGUAUGUGAUUUACUUGUGUAUGAUCAUUUCAAAGCAUUGUAGCCGCUGGACAUUGACCAGUAGAUCUGUAUGUAGACUGACAAUGUUCUAAUAGCCAUUCUUCUGUCUGACUUGGGAUAACAUUUAUAUUAAAUGUUUUCAGUCCCAGGUUCUGCAAAUCCUAAAUGUGUAAAUAUAUAGGACGAGAGAUAAUAUAAAGACGUAUACAGGGGGUAACCAGAUGAACUGAGUCCUUACUCUGGUACUAGUCCAGUUAAGAGAAAACGCAUGCAGACAUGUGUCUGUCCUUUCACCUUUAUUGCCAUAUUCCCCUAUACCAUUUUCUCCUUUGGUGCUAGUGCAACCUUUUCACUCGACUCCCUGAGGGUUGCAAAUAGAGUAUGAUCCCACUUCAAAUCUAGUGUAAAUAUUCAGUUCAUCUGGGCCCCUGAGGAUUUCUGAAACGUGAAAAAAUGUUUUAUUUUUUAUUAUUAUUUUGUUGUUGAGAUAUACAUCUUAUUGCUUUUGCUGUGCCUAAGAAGAAAACCUCCCUCAUCUAUGUGUAACUGUGAAUUUUUCAUGUAGAUAUGAGCUUGUACAAACUGUGAUUACCGUCUUGUCCUGUGUACUGCCGUAAGUUUUUUCUCUCUUUGGAGUGAUGGGAGUGUGUGUGUGUGUGUGUGUGUGUGUGUGUGUGUGUGUGUGUGUGUGUCUUUAGACAGGGAGUUCAUGUCCAUGUUUUAUCUGUCAAUGGUUGUGACAUUCCAGCAGCAGCCACCACCUUUUCUAUUAUCCAAAGCCCCUCAAUAAACAUAUCAUUGUGCCACU